CUGGCAACAAUUUAUAAGUCGUCAAUCGUCAUUCGUCAAAAAGAAAAAUGCCGCUGCAAAAAAGAAACGUAAUGAUAAAGGUUGGUUUCCUGCGUUGACAGUGGAAUUCGGAUAUUUUCUGUAGUACAAUAAGAAUUUACUUACAUAAACAUGUUUGAAUUGAAUACGGCGGAACCUAUGCAAGUGGACGUUCCACUUGAAGACAAUGAAAAUAAUGAGACAGAGUGCUUUGUGGUAGAAAACCCUACAUUGGAUUUAGAGACGUAUGCUGCCUCAUAUACUGGUUUUGCGAAGUUGUAUAGAUUAAUGUUUGUAGCAGAUCAUUGUCCAUCACUGAGAUUAGAAGCCCUUAAAAUGGCCAUAUCGUAUGUAAUGACGACUUAUAAUGUGAGUCUUUACCAAACACUUCACAAAAAACUGGCUGAAGCAAUUGCUUCAUCUGGCCUUCCUGAUGUUGCUGUCCAAAUGGGAUCACAGGAUAUUCCUGUUCCCGAUACUAUGUGGGUUGAGUCAAAGACAAAAAAAGCUGCUAUCAAAUUGGAAAAGUUAGAUACAGACUUAAAAAACUAUAAAACAAAUUCUAUUAAGGAAAGCAUUAGAAGAGGGCAUGAUGACUUAGGUGAUCAUUACCUGGACUGUGGAGACUUAACAAGUGCACUGAAAUGUUAUUCAAGGGCUAGAGAUUAUUGCACUAGUGGAAAACAUGUAAUUAUGAUGUGCCUCAAUGUAGUUAAAGUGUCUGUAUAUUUGCAAAAUUGGGCUCAUGUGCUCAACUAUGUAUCAAAAGCUGAGAGCACACCAGAUUUUCACGAGGUUCCUCCAAAGGAUUCUAACUAUGUCAUAUUUACUCGCCUUAAAUGUGCUGCAGGACUUGCAGAAUUGGCAACAAAGAAAUAUAAGUCUGCAGCAAAACAUUUUCUAGCAGCAAGUAUUGACCAUUGUGAAUACCCUGAAUUACUUAGCAGCAAUAAUAUUGCUGUGUAUGGUGGAUUAUGUGCACUUGCUACUUUUGAUCGUGCUGAAUUACAAAAACAAGUUAUAGUUAGUAGUUCUUUUAAAUUAUUCUUAGAACUAGAGCCGCAAUUGCGAGAUAUAAUUUUUAAGUUCUAUGAAUCUAAAUAUGCUUCCUGCUUAAGAUUACUUGAUGAGAUAAGGGACAACUUACUCCUAGAUAUGUAUUUAGCACCUCAUUUAAAUUCUCUUUAUAUGCAAAUACGAAACAGAGCUUUAAUUCAAUACUUUAGCCCUUACUUGUCAGCUGACAUGCGUUUGAUGGCUUCUGCAUUUAACCGGACUGUGAAUGCUCUUGAGGAUGAACUCAUGCAAUUGAUUCUUGAUGGUCAAAUACAAGCCCGUAUUGAUUCACAUAAUAAAAUAUUAUAUGCAAAAGAUGUAGACCAGAGAAGUACUACUUUCGAAAAAAGCUUAGCCAUGGGUAAAGAGUAUCAGCGGCGGACUUCUAUGUUGAUUUUACGAGCUGCCAUGAUAAAAAAUCAAAUGCAAGUUAAGAAUGUUGGGCGCGACACUGGUCCACAGAGUGGGGAAGCUCCAGGGUCCAGUACAAGCCUUACCCGUGCAUUUGAUGCAGUCCCCUUGUGAUGAAUUACCUCUCUGUAGUUGACAUAUUACUUUUUACUUUUACAUGGUAAUUGAAAAUCACUCCCAAAACUUAUCAACUUUGUAUAAAAACUUGUUUAGUAAUAAAUAAUUAAUUAAUGCA